UCAAACGAAACAUAACCCCAAAGUUAGAGUAAAAUUCUCUCUGUUUUUCAUUUUUCCCCGGAAAAUUGGCGUAAAAUGCCUGUGGAUUUGAUUGGAUACAUAUAUGCAGCAACUGUGGCUGCUGGUGGUAUCAUUGGCUACGUGAAAGCAGCUUCGGUACCUUCCUUGGCUGCUGGUUUGGCUUUUGGAUCUGUCCUUGGGUAUGGAGCUCAUCUGAAUUCUGGGAGUCCACCGCGACCUCUUCUGCAGCUGGGUACGAGUCUCGUCUUGGCCGGCAUGAUGGGAGCUCGAUGGGCAAGAUCCGGAAAGUUGAUGCCACCUGGACUUGUUUGCAUCCUUUCCGUGGUUACCUUUGUACGCGGCAUAUACGUAUACAAUGAACAUCUCUGGCCAGCUAGGCGUCAGUGAAAUUCCAAUUCGUCUGAGAAGACAAAAGAAGAAACUUGCAUUGAUGAUGAUCAACAAGAGAGCUAAAGCUCACUAAGCAGUUAUUUUUUUUUAAAUUUCAAACAGGUGUUGGAAAGAGGUAAAUGUAGAUUUUUAUAUAAAAAAAAAGUUUUAUUAAAUUUAAUUAGAAUAGAAACGAA